GUGGGUGGGCUACAUAACUAUAGAUACAGUAGAAAGAAACUGAAAAAUGAUUGUAAGUAGUUUUAAUAUUGUCAGAGUAGAACACUGGGGAAAAUUAAUUUCUUCAUUCUUUUUGCUGUGGUUUGGGUCACGGCGCUCCAGAGCCUGUUCCAGAAUCAAUGGGUGCAAGCACGGGAAGGAUACACCGUGUACGGAACACCGAUGAAGUGCAGGAAGCCCCUGUUGGAGGGGAGGUUGCAGAUCCUGAUUCGGAAAGUAAACAACCUGCUGUUCUUCGGGAUUUUGGACUACUUGGAGGAUCGGAAACGAAUGAUGGUCUGUUGACACGUCUGAGGAACAGAAAACCCAACUUUCAGAAGUUCAGAGGAUUCUCCAGACAUCACCCGAAAACCCCCAGCUCAUGCAAAAGAAGGACAGAUGCUCAGGAUACCCUGGAUGUCCAGCCAUCUCCACCACCUCAAGAACAUCCUUCACCUCCAAGUCUGCUUAUGAGUGUGGAUGGUACUGAGGAUGACCCUUACAAAGCAGUCAUAUGCAUGGCUAAUUGGGUAAUAAAAUAUAAAGAGCUGCAAGAUACAGCCACAGAUGAAAUAAGGAUACCUUUGAAGGUGGUUUCAGAACACCACACUUCACCAGAAAAAGGAAAAGAAAUGACUUUAAGAAGCAGUCAGCCAGUUGACAGAUUCACAGCAAAAUCUGCAGCAGAAAUGUCCGGAUGUGAAUUCCCCACUGUGAUUACGCCCACGCUGAAGCAAAAUAAUGGACAUGCAAUUUACAGUGUCCUGUGCAGUCAGGCGGGCUGGUUCCAGUGCAGAGAAACCCAUCUGAUGUUCAGAAUGAAGGACAUGGGAGAGGUGGUCUACAGCACAGCUAGCUGGGCUGGUACCUUCCACAUUCCUACUGGGUGGACACCUGCUGGACCCUUAUGGGACAUCAAAUGUCCUCAGGAGACUCUGUCUCAGAUAACGUUCCCACACUGUGAAAUUUUCACUGGGGAAAGGAGGGACUUCCUAUCAGUGGCUCAUGUGACCGUAGAUGGUGUGGAGAUUCUCUCGCCUUUGGAGGUGAAUGAUACUCAUGUAACCAUCAGCAUCACUGACCUCUCCCUUUUUGGCCUCAUCACAAGCUGGCUCUCCCAUACAAUUCGUGGCCAGAUUCUGCUGUUCCUCAGACCAAUAUUUGAAGACCAGGAACGGAUACUGAAUGUUUUCUUACUCCCCAGUAAUGUGCUGCUCACCCAGGUACAGGGAUACCAGAAAGACAGCAUCCACAUCCCAACAAGUUCCGUCUGCACCCUCACUCAUGAGCGGGAAUACAGUGUGUACUGUGAUUUGGAGGAGAAACAUUACAUUCAGCCCAAGAAAGAGAAAUUUUAUCGCUUCAUCGAUGUAAACUUCUAUCCGACAUUUGAAGUUUUCUUGUACACGGAUGUGAAAGACAUGAAUAUGAAAGUCAUGGACCAAGAGCAAGGUACAGAAGUGUGGAAACGCAAAGUGAAGUUGCCAGCCUUUGAAAAAAUCCUAAGUCAUCCUCUGGAGGCUGAGCAAGCUGCUAACUUUGUGUACAAGCAUAGGGCCACACUCAUUGAGAGGGUGACAUUGAUGGACCCCAUUCUGGACAAGCUGUCCACUCUGGUCCACCCAGAGGCCUGUGCCAAGGUACGAGCUGCAGCCACCAGCCAGGAGAAAAUGAGACUUCUGUAUGAUAUCACUUUUCGCAGUGGGGGAACUGAGGUGAAAUCAAGGUUCUUUGAGAUCCUCAAGGAUAUCCAUCCUCAUCUUGUCCAGGAGCUGAAUAGCAUUUAUUAGGGUGUCAUGUUUAUACUUCCAAGAGGGUUUGAAAUUCAUAAAAAUGAUUGAACCCUCCAACUCCCCCAUCUCCAGAUGUGAAGAGCUACAUUUUUGACACUAAAAUGUCAUUUGAGAACUGGUGGAAAUGUUUAUUACUCAUAGUAAGAAUGGUUGCUCGAAGAGCUUCUUCUUAGCCUCCACAGACCACUGCUGUGCAGCGUUCAGUUAGAAGACCAGGAAGGCAGGGCUCAAGAUAAAAUAGCAAUAUCUUGUUCUUCAGUAUUACCUACUGUACAUAUUUGUUUCUCAAUGAUCUCUGUUCUUUAGUGUUUGCCAAUCUGUAUUUAUUUGACCAAACUCUGUUGUUUGGUCACUGUGACAUGAGGUGUUUGGUGGAAUGGUAGAGUGCUGUUUACCUUUAGCAUACAGAAGGUUGUCAUUAAUGUUCUAGUGCGAUAAUAAUCGGUUUAUAUUAGGAAAACUUAAGAACUUAAAGUAUUUUAAAAGUUCUAAGGAAAAAACACCUAGAUGUACCGAUAAAGGGGGGUGCGGUGGCGCAGUGGGUUGGACCGCAGUCCUGCUCUCCGGUGGGUCUGG